ACUUGAUUUUAAACCUCCCUCGUCCCUCCAGCCAAUCAGAGAAGGGAGAUAGAGGUCUGGGUGCCAGCGUUGCUGGGUAGAUAAAACAAAAAAUCUCCAGCGUUCGUGGCAGAGUUUGAGGCUUGGACACAAUAGACGGUCUACGUUAAGAUUUUCUGCACGCUGUUCUGCUGCAAUAUCUUCCUUCUACUGUAAAAUAUGGCAACUGACUGCGAGGCUUGGCUGAACGCAAACCCCGUUGAGGCUGAGGACCUCAGUGACUCUUUUGUGUCUGGAGACGAAGACAAUGGGGUCUCCACUAUCUCCAACAAGAACAUCAAUGAAAUCAAUGGCAACUGGGUGUCCUCCUCUAGCAACAGCAUCCACGAGGCACGCCUCAAGGCCAAGGCCAAACGGAGGCUGAGGAAGAACUCCUCCAGGGACUCUGGCAGGGGGGACUCCCUUAGUGACAACGGAGACGUGGUCAGGGGACCCUCGGCAGCGCCGACCAGCCCCAAGAGUAAGCUGCUGGACAGAAAGUCCCGACUGGGCAAGGGCAGAGGCCUUCCGAAAAAAGGUGGGGCUGGAGGCAAAGGUGUGUGGGGGCGAUCUGGUGAAGUAUAUGAAGCGGAGGAAGUAGAUGAGAAAGACCCAAACUAUGAUGAAGCCCAGGAAAACUGUGUGUAUGAGACUGUGGUUCCUCCACUGGAUGAAAGAGACUUUGAGAAGACUGUCACCCCUAUAGUGAAAGAGUACUUUGAACAUGGUGACACAAAUGAAGUAGCGGAACUACUUGCUGAGCUGAAUCUGGGGCCCAUGCGAAGUGAAGUCCCCUCGCUGACUGUGUCGCUAGCCCUGGAGGCCAAAGCCAGUCACCGGGAGCUCACCUCCAGGCUGCUUUCUGACCUGUGUGGGUCUGUUCUGUCCCGCAGCGACAUGGAGAAGUCUUUUGACAAACUGCUCCAAGAGCUACCUGACCUGGUGUUAGACACACCCGCAGCCCCACAGUUGGUGGGCCAAUUCAUUGCACGUGCUGUUAGUGACCAAAUAUUGUCCAGGAGUUACAUCGAGGGCUACAAAGGCAAAGUUGACUGUGAAUAUGCAAGGGCAGCACUGGACAGAGCAGCAGUGCUGCUGAAGAUGAGCAUGGGUGGCCUCCGUAUAGAUAACCACUGGGGGUCUGGUGGAGGACAGAGACCUGUCAUGCAACUUAUCAAAGAGAUGAACCUGCUACUGAAAGAAUAUGUCCUCUCUGGAGACAGCAAGGAAGCUGAGAGAUGCUUAAGAGAUCUGGAGGUCCCCCAUUUCCAUCAUGAGUUUGUUUAUGAGGCCAUAGUGCUGGUCUUGGAGUCCAAGGGAGAGAAAACAUUCAAAAUGGUUCUGCAGCUACUAAAGUCUCUGUCUACAUCGUCCAUCAUCACUGUGGAUCAAAUGAGAAGGGGCUAUGGCAGAGUUUAUAUGGACAUAGCUGAAAUAAACAUUGAUGUCCCUCGUGCAUAUUUCAUCUUGGAGCAGUUUGUUGACAAGAGCUUUAGUAUGGGAAUUAUUGAUGUCAAAAUAAGGGAUCGUUGCCCCUGUCGGGGCCGAAAGAGAUUUGUCAGCGAGGGAGAUGGUGGUGUUGUCAAACUUGAAAGCUACUGAGGAGCCCUUUUUAUGUGCCAGAUUUCCAGAAAAGAGGAUCACGCUACUUUUUUACUUGGCUAUUUUUCAGAAACAUAGUUGGGUACGAGUUUCUUCCCUUCCAAAGUCAUAAAGAAUGUACAUUUGUGAAAUGUAGGUGGGCUUAUAAAAACUGCACUUUUGAUUGAACUGAAGUAGAUCACUAUGUCCCAGGUGUUUCAAUAUAACAUUUACAUAAGCUAACCCUUCAAGUGCCACACCUCAGUGUCAGUCAUUCCAUGUUUUGUACAGUAUUUUGUUCAUUUCACUGCCACUCCUUUUGUGUUUUCUAGAAAGCUGUGUUUGUACAGAGCUUUACAAAGGGGUAUAAAAAUAAAAGACGAGCAUGUUGCUUCAGUACAAUUCUGGCUGUCCAGUAGCUGCUGUUUCUAUGCUGUGUUUACCUUAUUUUGUUCCUUUUUUUUACUCCUCAAACCACAGAGAGAUGUCAAGUAUCAAGACAUGAGUAAGGUGCAAAAACAAACAUGAGUGGGGUAACUUUGCAAAAUGGUGUUUAGAGUGUUUAUUUUUAUAUAUUGAGAGUACUGGUGUGUGAAAUGUACCACAUAAUGCUCCGUGUUUGUUCAUUAAACCACUGUUAAAUAAAGUCGUUCUGCUUUUGAGAA